AUGCUCGUGAGCCGACCAGCCGUGCUCGUGCCGCUCGUGCGCGCCCUCACAGGAGCGGCGCGUCCGAUCGCGCGCACAGCAUUCGAGACAGUGCGUCCUGCAUCCCCUCGGAUAGCGACCUAUGCGACGUCUGCGAUUCGUAUCGGCAACUUGACGCCGGCCGUCCCGAAGAAGAAUAGCAAGCGCCUGGGUCGCGGAGAUGGCUCAGGCCGUGGUGGUACGUCUACGCGCGGUCACAAGGGCCAAAAGGCGCGCGCGGGCAACGGCAAGCCCAAGCCAGGUUUUGAAGGAGGACAGACGCCCCUGACGCGCUUGAUUCCGAAGCGCGGCUUUACGAACCCGCACAAGCAGCACUAUGCGCCCCUGAACGUCGACCGCCUGCAGUACUGGAUCGAUCAGGGCCGACUGGACCCCACUCAGCCGAUUACGGCGCGUGAGUUGUAUGCCAGCCGGUGCGUGCACAACGUCAAAGACGGCAUCAAGCUCUUGGGCGAUGGCCAUGCGCAUCUGCGCACGCCCGUCCACCUAGUCGUAUCGCGGGCUUCGCGCUCGGCCAUUACGGCCGUCGAAGCGGCUGGCGGCUCGAUCGUGUGCCGCUACUACAAUGCUCUCAGUCUCCGGGCACUUGUCAAGCCGCACAAGUGGCUCGCCAAGAACGAGCCACUCCCGCGCUUUGCGGACCCCGUGUCACAAAAAGACCUGCUCUGGUACUCGUCGCCCAACCACCGUGGAUACCUCGCGCUGCGUGACCGCAUCGCCUCGACGGCAUAG